AUGUCAAAGAGAAAACCAUUAUUUGAAGAAGAUAAAGAUUAUAUCAAUGAAGAUCAUAUAAGUGAUUUCGCAAAAGCUUUAAUAUGGCAAGAUUAUGAUACAGAUAUAAAUACUUCACCAACAACUCCUAAAAAUGAACCAAUAGAUUUUAAUAAUAAUAAUGAUGAUAUUUCUUCAACUUCAUCACUGCAUACUGAAGAAAUUGAUGAUGAAUCAUAUAUGUCGGAUAGUAAUUAUAAUACAAGAAAAUUAUUAAAUGAAGGUGCAGAAUUAGGUAUAACACCAACGGCAAAACCAGAUAUGAUUACUUCAAAAAGUGAUUGGUUUCCUGUAAAUAGUGAUAAUUUUAAAAAGGAUAAAAAUAAAUCAUCAAAUUCAAAAAACCAGAAUAAUAAAGAUAAAAAACCAACAUCAACCUUUAAAACUUUACAAAAUGAAUUUAGAAAUAGUGCAAGUUAUACAUUACUACGAUGGCCAAUAUUAAUAUUUGUAUUUAUAUGGAUUACAAUAUUAGGAUUUCUUUAUUUUAUUGUAAGAGCUUAUGUUGCAUUAAGUGAAUAUUUUUUUACAUGGACAGGAGAAAGAAAAAAAUUAAGAGAUAAAUUAAGAAAUUCAAAAACAUAUGAAGAAUGGAUUGAAAAUGCUAUUGCGUUGGAUAAAUUUUUAGGAUUAGAUAAAUGGUCUGAAAAUCCAAAAUUUUCAUAUUAUGAUUACAAGACAGUUAAAUUAACUAUAAAUAAAUUAAAAAAAGCCAGAUUAGAUAACAAAAUUCAAGAAUUAUUAAUACUUUUACAAGGAUGUCUCAAGCGAAAUUUUGCAGGUAUUGAGAAUCGUCAAUUAUAUUCUCAUAGAUAUUAUGGUACUAAAAAUUUAGUUCAAAAUUAUAAUGAAGAAGUUUUAUUAUGUAUUGAGAAAAUAUUAACAACAAAUGAUUUAAAUAUUGAAUUAAAAUGGAAAUUUUUUAAAAUUGUUUCAAAAAAUUAUGGUAAAUCUGCAUUGUGUUUAAGUGGUGGUGCUUGUUUUGCUUAUACUCAUUUUGGAGUAGCAAAAGCUUUAUUAGAUGCUAAUUUAUUACCAAAUAUUAUUUCUGGAACAUCAGGUGGUGGAUUAAUUGCUGCUUUAUUAUGUACUCGAAACAAUGAUGAAUUAAAAAAAUUAUUAAUACCUGAAUUAGCAAGAAAAAUUACAGCAUGUGAAGAUCCUUGGUAUAUAUGGAUUCCAAGAUUAAUUAAAACUGGUGCAAGAUUUGAUUCUGUUGCAUGGGCAAGAAAAUCAAAUUUUUUUACAAGAGGUUCAACAACUUUUGAAGAAGCUUUUGAAAGAACUGGUAGAAAAUUAAAUAUAAGUACUGUUCCUGCUGAUCCUCAUUCUCCAGUUAUUUUAUGUAAUGAUAUUACUUCACCUCAUUGUAUUAUAUGGUCAACUUUAUUAGCUUCUUCAGCAGUACCAGGAAUUUUAAAUCCUGUAGUAUUAAUGAUGAAAAAUCCAGAAAAUGGAACUUCUGUUCCCUUUUCCUUAGGUAGUAAAUGGAGAGAUGGUUCAUUAAGAACUGAUAUCCCCAUUGAUGCAUUAAAUACUUAUUAUCAUGUUAAUUUUACUAUAGUAUCACAAGUUAAUCCUCAUAUAUCAUUAUUCUUUUUUGCACCAAAAGGAACCGUUGGCAGACCAGUAUCAAUAUCAAAAAGAAAAACUUCAAAAGAAAAAUUUGCUUCAUUUAGAGGUGGAUUUAUUGCAACUGCUUUAGAACAAUUAUUUAGAUUAGAAAUUAGAAAAUGGUUACAAAUUAUAAAAUCAUUAGAUUUAUUACCUCAUGUAUUACAACAAGAUUGGUCAAAUGUUUGGUUACAAAAUUUUACUGGAUCAAUAACUAUAUGGCCAAGAAAUAAAUUAAAAGAUUUUUGGUAUAUAUUAUCUGAUCCAAGUGAAAAACAAUUGGAGGAAAUUAUAAUGAAAGGUGAAAGAUCAUUAUAUCCCAAACUCCUAUUUAUAAAAAAUAGAAUAUCAAUUGAAAGAUCAAUUGAAAAAGGUAGACAAUUAACUACAUCAAAAAUGAAAGAAGCUAAAAUGAAUUUAGUGCUUAAUUCAGAUGAUGAAGAUGAAGAUUAUAUUCCAAGUGAUUAUGAUUUUAAUAAAUUUAAAAAUUCAAUUGGUUUAACAAAUAAAGAAAUUGAAGAUCAAUUUAUAACUUCUUUAGAUGAAGAUGAAGAUGAUGAUGGUGAUUUAGAUGAUUAUUUUGAUGAUGAUGGAUUAGAAAGUGAUACUUAUGAUAGUGAUGCUCUUUUCAAUUCUUCAAAAAGGGAAAAGUUUAAAAAAGAUAGACGUAAUACAAUUUUUUAA